GUCGCUGCCCACCACGACGACCAGCCCAAUUCUGUCCCUUUCCAUGCUGUAACAAUGGCUUCCAUCCUGUCUUCAUUAUUACCCGGCUCGUCCACCAGUUCUUCUGCCACCUCCACCUCCCCCACAUCGACUUCUUCCUCCACCUCCACAUCCGCCACCUCCACCUCCAGCCCCACCAGCACCUCUGCUUCUACGACUUCGGCAACAACUACCAGCCCUUCUACCACCACUGGGUCCACCACCUCGGCCUCGUCUUCGACCAGCACAACUGCAGCCCCGACAAGCACCACUGCAAUCCAGACCACUACUUCCGGCGGUAACGUUUUCACAGAAACGUCUAUAGUCAUCCAGACGCCAACAACCCCGGCUAGCCCCCAGAAUGAUUCAUCCCAAGGCGGCUUCUUCCACAACAAGGGCGCAGUCGCGGGCGUGUUCGCUGCCGUGGGAGUCGUCGCUGCCGUUUUGUUGAUCAUCAUCUGUACGACCAUAUACCGCCGCCGCCGUGCCUCCCGCUUCGACAGGGACGUCGCCGAUGCUGCUGCGGCUGCUGCCGCGUCCUCGCGCUCGCCGUUCGACGACGACGUGUACGCAGACCGCCAUGGCCCCGACAGCAACCCAUACGCCGGCUACGGUGCCGCAGCGAACAAGAGCAACGGAUACUCGGAUGAUCGCUCUCACGGAACAUACGCGCAGCCCCCGAUGCAGCCCGUCAGCACUGGCAACGGCUCGUACCCGCAGAUGAGCGAGUACUCGCACUUUGACCCUUACGCGGGAGCGGGGCACGCCGGCGACCCGUACGCUGCCGGCGCUGCCGCGCUGGGCGCGGGCGCGGGCUUUGCGGGUGUCGGUUCUGGUAAAUUGCAGCGCGAACCGAGCAAGCAUGCCCCGUACAAUGCCUUCGCAGGACCUCGCGGGCAGGAGACGAUGGACCAUGCGGUGCGCUACGGGCGAGGCAACAACACUGGCGUUUUGGAUGCCGUUGGACUUGGAGCUAGCGGUGCGGCCGCGAUGGAUCGCCAGCGUCGUCAGAGUGCGCACGGAAUGCAGGGCUACAGUGAUUAUCCCCAGCAGCAGGGUGCGCACCCGCAGCAGCAGCAGUUCAACCAAGGACCGGCGCAGGGAGGAUACACACAGGGCGGGUUCCAGGAUCCCUACCCGCAGCGCGGGCAGAGCCAGAGCCAUCAUGUAAACAACGAUACCCCCUUUGAUCCGUACGGUGUCGCGCAAGCGGGCAACUACGCGGCGCAGGACCGCACGCCGAGCCCCGGAGAGCCUCUGCCGAACCCGCAUGGUGCGUCGCAGCAGCAUAUUCCGUAUACGGAGGAGCCGGAGAAUGAGAUGGAGCACGAGCAUGGGGCGUAUGAGGGCAUUGGAGGGGAGGAGCAUGGGCUGGAGCAUGAGUACGAGCAUGAGCAUGAACUCGAGCCCGAGUCGGACGAGGAGGACGAGAGGUCGGGGCGGGUGCUCAAGGUUGCUAACGAGUAAUUGUUUGCGCCAUCCGCCGCCGUUGUCGGUUCAUCGGACCCUUGUUUUUGCGGACUACCUUUCUUGCUACCUUCUCCCGCUUCUCCGUAUGCGUCACCUAUCCCCCCAUCUCCCUCCACGUCGCUGCCACCACUCCCUUCCCCACUCCCCGUCGAUCAUUACCGUUUUUUAUUAUUCAUAUGUAGUGCAAUGCAACGGGCAUGACUCACCCUUUACCCCACGCGCUGGCCCUCUCUACUCUUGACUUCAUUUAUCGAGUCCGUCCUUGUUAUGUGUUGGGAUCGGGUGUGCUGCUUGCCUCGACCACUUUAGACCAUGGCCUGCUUGCUCGUUACCCCCCACUAACUAGUUUGUGCUUUGUUCGCUAGUUCCUGUUAUAGCUACGGUCACCCGGAUGACGAGUGUUCUCGACUUACCUGCGCUGUGGACUGUUUGUUAACAUCAUUGUCCUUUGAUGUGUGGCUGUGGCACUCUACACUGAUAACC